AUGGGUCGUCGCCUUCUCAGUCAAGCACAUGCCACGAGAGAGGAGACUGACACUCCUACGGGUAAUGGACGUUUGUCGCGUCGCGCAACUUAUUUGAAGAAAUUGUUAGAACAUUUCUGGAACAGAUGGAGUCGCGAGUAUUUGUUAGAGCUCAGAGAACAUCAUCGUGCCAAAGGAGUUAGAAGAAGUGCGAAGGCGAAUCCCAAAGAAGGAGAUAUAGUUUGCGUGUACGAAGAGAAAACUCCAAGGAAUCUAUGGAGAUUGGGAAAGGUCGAGAAACUUUUCAAAGGAAACGAUGGUCAGGUUAGAGCAGUUGCACUCCGAAUAUGGAACAAAGGAGAAGAAUCAAUAACGUUACGGCGACCGGUUCAGAAAGUAUAUCCAGUCGAGGGAUCUCGCGUUGAUGAAAAUACAAGUGUUCCAGUAAGGAGGUCGGAACGAGUUGCAGCUAUCGAAGCCAGAAAGCGGCAGAGCGAAAGCGCACGAUAA